AUGUCAGCGUUACGAAUUCUUGUCCCCGUCAAGCGGGUGAUUGACUAUGCCGUCAAACCGCGUGUCAACAAGGCCCAGACGGCCGUCGAGACCGCCGGUGUCAAGCACAGCAUGAACCCGUUUGACGAGCUCUCCGUCGAGGAGGCAGUGCGCAUCCGCGAGAAGAAAUCCUACCCGGGCGGUGUGGAGGACAUCUUGGCCUUCUCGUGCGGGCCACCCAAGGCGCAGGACAUCUUGCGCACGGCCAUGGCCAUGGGCGCGGACCGCGGGAUCCACGUCGAAGUGAGCGAGAAGGACGAGGUGGAGCCGUUGGGUGUUGCGAAGCUGCUGAAGGCCGUGGUGGAGAAGGAGAAGAGCAACCUGGUUGUGCUGGGGAAGCAGAGCAUCGAUGACGAUUCGGGGCAGACGGGACAGAUCCUCGCAGGCCUGUUGGGCUGGGGCCAAGCUACCCAAGCGUCCAAGGUGACGUUUGAGGGGGACAAGGUGUUGGUGGAGAAGGAGGUUGAUGGCGGGACGGACGUGGUGAGGGCGAAAUUGCCAAUGAUUAUUACCACUGAUCUGCGGUUGAACGAGCCGCGAUAUGCGAGCCUGCCCAAUAUUAUGAAGGCAAAGAAGAAGAAGAUCGAGAAGGUCAGCGUGCAGGAUCUGGGGGUAGAUGUGACGAAGAGAUUAAAGACCCUGAAGGUUAUUGAACCUCCGCCACGACAGGGAGGUGGAAAGGUCGAGGAUGUGGAUGGUAUGAUUAAGAAGUUAAAGGAAUUGGGUUCAAUAUAG